AUGUAUCAAGGUGAAUAUGAUGCAGUCACUGAGUAAAGAGAUGGAAGAGGCAGAUUUAUUUUUAGUAAUGGAGAUGUUUAUGAUGGAUUGUGGAAGAAUGAUUUGUUUAAUGGAUAUGGAAGAGCAAUUAUGCAUAAUGGAGAUUAUUACAUUGGUGAGUGGAAAGAUGAUAAAAAGGAUGGAUAUGGCAAAUAUUAUUAUAAUUAUGCAGGUAUUUAUGAAGGGUAAUGGGUAAAUGAUUCUGAGGAAGGGUUAGGAUUGUGGAAAUUGAGUGAUGAUCUUUAUUACAUUGGAUAAUGUGUGAAUGGAGAGAGAUAAGGUGUAGGAGUAUGCACUUAGAAUAGCGGAGAUAUUCAAGUUGGAUAGUGGAUGAAUGAUAAACAGCAUGGAGUAAAUAUGUAUAUUCCAAAGGAUGGUGGGCAGAUAGAAAUAUAGAUAUAUGAGAAUGAGGAGUUAGUAGAGACUUUGCUUUAAAUAGAAAAUGUUUAUAAGUGA